CCAGAAACCGCACUUCACGAACAAUUCCUCAAUGGGUAAGCGAACGCGCGCAGAUAUGGAACAAGGAAACAAUACGUCUCCUUUCAUGCCAAUGUUCGAAGGGUUCCGGGCUGAAUUGGACGAGCAUCACGACCGCCGAGAACGCAUCAUCAAAGCUUCCCGCGACAUCACGGCCGCAUCUAAGAAGAUCAUCUUCACUCUCCAGCGUGUUCGCACAUUGAACGAGCCACUACCUCAAAAUGUUGUCAAAGGCAGUGAGCCAUAUCGCCAGACGAUCGACGCACAAUUCGCAGCUGUUUCGAAAGAUCUGCAAGGUCUCAAUCGAGACCGCUACGCAAGACAGAUCACUGGUGGCUGCCAAGAAUGGAUGGAAGCAGCCUCCUUCGAGCACUAUCUGACCACUGGCUCACUAAUUACCUACGAGGAGUCUACAGCCCGUCUGCGCGAAAUGGAUAAAGGUGGACCAGGCGUAGCGUUGAGCAUCGAGGACUACCUUCUUGGCAUUUUCGACAUGACUGGAGAGCUUAUGCGAUUCGCCAUCACCACAAUGGCCAUGAAUGGCGCGAUGCCGACAAUCGCAGCUUCGAACGCCUCCGGUCAGACCCCAAGAAGCAUGCUGAAUGACAUGCGGGCUCUAAGAUCGGCACUGGAAACACUCAACGCACAUGGAGGUCCGCUUGGCAAGGACCUGGACAAGAAGAUGGAGGUUAUGCAAACGAGCGUAGAAAAAGUCGAGCGUGCAUUAUACGGAUUGGUUGUUAGGGGGGCGGAGCGACCGAAGGGAUGGCUUCCGGAUACCGAUGGCCAAAGGAUUCUGGAAGUCGAAGGAUGAGAAAUCUGCUGCACUGGCCGGCGUCACUUCUGCAGUCUUACUGGUUCGCUGGCCAUAAGACGAUUGCCGGAACUAGCAGCAGAUCUCUGGAGCUGCACCCACAGUCUAUCUGAGCUUGCCGGGAGUCAGAUAAUGACUUGCAGCUGCACGCUGCGAGCAAGUUCGCGUAGAGCUCCCGCAACUUGCAAGCUGUCUAUGCACAAAGCAAGAUGGACCAUCUUGCAGAGAGAUCAUCGACUCUAGAACUGAAGCGAGGCGAAGCAUAUCCCACACACCUUUAUCACGACUCACACCGUGGUCUUUGGUGCCGGCAGCCCAUAAGGAUAAUCGUGAAUACCUCUGAAUGCAACGACCUUUGAGUGUAAGCGCC